AAGAAAGAAAAAGAAUUCCUCCUUCUACCACAAACCACACAAACAAAAAAAUCUGAAAAUGCCAAUAUAUAAAAUAAGGCCACCUCUAAUAGCAAAAAAAAUCCCAAAAACCUACUUUGAUUUCUCCAUUAAAAGUGAGACAACUACUAUUCACCCUUCAAUUUUCUAAUUUUCAUCACAACUCUCACCUAUGUGUCUUCAUUUCUUUUGUUGGAUCCUUAAUUAACAUCAAAAUCCUCUAUAGCAGCUCCAAACAACUUAUCAAAUUUUAUCUACAGUCCAACCAUAUUUUUUUCUUUAUUUUUGUGUCAACUUUUGAAGAUUUGAUCCUGAUUAAGCUCAAAUCUUUCAAUUUAGACCAAACUCAGGUAGAAUUUCGAUUCUGGGUACCCAAAUUCUGUUUCAAUUUUGGAUUUUGGAAGGUUAAUUUGAUCUGGGUAUUUCUUCAAAUACUUGAAGAUUGUUGAAAUUGGGUUAUUGCUCAAAUCUUUCAAUUCAAACCAAACCCAGAAAUAAUUUUGAUUUGGGUACUGAAAUUCGGUUUCAAGGUUUGAUUUUGGAAGCUAAUUUUGAUCUGGGUAUUUUUGCAAAGAUUGUUGAAUUUUAGGGUUCAUAAGCUAUGAACUUCAGGAAUUUUGAAGAAUUCUGGCCAUUUUACAUGACACAACACUCAAAAGCAGCAACAAGAAGGUGGCAUUUUGUGGGUACAGUAGCAAGUUUAAUCUGUUUGAUGUAUUCAAUAUUUUUCAAUUUAUGGUUUUUGUUUUUUGUGCCAUUGAUUGGGUAUGGUUGUGCUUGGUAUAGCCAUUUCUUUGUGGAAAGGAAUGUUCCUGCAACUUUUGGUCAUCCAAUUUGGUCUCUUUUAUGUGAUUAUAAGAUGUUUGGUUUAAUGCUCACUGGCCAAAUGGAUAGAGAGAUCAAACGGCUUGGAAAGAGGCCUGUAUUACAAGGGUUUUAGUUUUUUUUUUUUUUUUUAUAGUUUGGGUUUUAAUUUGUGAUAUCAAAAUUUCAUGUUUUGCAAAUGGAAGAAACAUAUGUGAAACAAAAUGGAAAAGGAAAAAAAUGUUUGUGUGUUUA